GCAUGAUCUUUUACUGUCUCAAAAUUUCAUCUUGAGUGAUCAUUUUAAUGUCAGUAGUUUUUUUUUUUUUUAAAAAAGAAAAAUUUGUUUUGGCAUUUUACGAGUUGGAUUUUCUUGGAUACCAAUUAACGUUUUUACUUUCUUCACAUGUGUUUUUGAGUCAAAAUCCGAAUUGGGUUUUCUUCCUUCUUCCUCUUCUUCUUCAUCUUCUCUCUUCCAUGUGUGUAAUCUGCAAGGUUUAAGGAAAUUGGACAUUAGUUUAAGAAGUAGUUGUCCAUGUUAAUCCAAAUGCUUUUUUUUUCUUCCCUUCAAAUGGGGAACAUUUAACUGAAAAUGACAUUGGCCCUCAUUAAUUUAAAGUUCCUCAAUUAUAACGGUUCCUCGUUUUAUUUUUUAUUUUUUUAUUUUGGGUUGUUUUCGCCCUUGUAAUUGCGUCACAUGAUUUGGUUAGUUUAAAAUCUAGUAGUACUUAAUUGUUUGAUGUGGUCAUACAUCAUCAUUAGAGUCACUUCUUUACUACUAGUCCCAUGUUUCUUUUUUUUCUUUUUUUUCUCUUUAUAAAGAAAAUACAUUUUUGUUUAUCAAUUUAUCAUCUUUUAGGAAAGUGUUAAAACUCUCAUCUUACUAAAAUCUUCCUUUUUCGACACACGCAAGGCAGCAACUGCAAUAAUACAAUGCCCCCAUUCAUUUUCCCAUCUAGCUUCCAUAUAUUAUUAGUAUUAUUAUACGCAAAAAAAGGCCUCUUUUUCAGUUUUUUCUUCCUUUUUCCCUCUUUUCAGUGCCGUAUGUAACCCAUGUCGCAAGUCACACAGUAGUGUUUUGUUGUCUAAUCAAUGAUUUUACUCUCCCUCUCCCCUAAUAAUUAUUCUAUUUAUAAUAUUCGGUGUUAUUUUAGUAUAACAAAGCGUUACAAUAAAUUUCGGAGGCAUUCUGUGUAACACAUUACUCCUUGGCCGGAAUUAUGUAGAACGGUUUUUUUGCCCCCUUUUGGCCGGAAUAAUUUAUUUAGUUCAAAAUUUCCUGCCGACCCUAUUAGUUUAAUUUGAUUUUUAAAAUUUUUUUAUUCUGCUAGUAUCAAUAGUUUAAACGAGUCAAACGUACGGUUGUCUACCAGUUUGUAGUGUAUGACCACAUUCCUACCUCAAUCGGAGCUGUAACCAUCAAUGAGAUUUCUAGAGUAAAUUGUUCUACGAUUCCAGCUAUUUGUUUACGUCAUCACCCAUGUUCUUGCUUCUGCCUUUAACAAUGAGAUAUUCAACAGUAUCAAAGGCUUAAACUGGCAAAAAGUGCAGUUGAAACACUGAAGCAAUGGUUAUGGAAUGAUCUUGCUAUGGCUAACGGCUAUGAUUCGGAAAGCAAAGCCUCUGUCUUGCAACUUCAUACCGCCUUGUCAAUCAGCUUCAUCGUCACAGAUUGGUUUACUAAUAUCCUCAUUUGGGCUAAUGUCCAUUGGUGCCGGCGGGAUAAGAGGCGCGUCCAUAGCAUUUGGUGCUGAUCAGCUGGAUAACAAGAGUAAUCCUAAUAAUCAGAGGGUUCUGGAAAGCUAUUUUGGCUGGUACUAUGCUGGCACAUUGAUAGGAGUCCUCAUUGCUUUGACUGGCAUCGUUUACAUUCAGGAUCAUAUGGGAUGGAAAAUUGGUUUUGGUGUUCCUGUAAUCUUCAUGUUCGUGUCGGCUUUGCUCUUCCUCCUUGCCUUUCGUUUGUAUAUCAGACAUCCGCCUACAACGAGCUUGUUCACUGGGUUCGCGCGUGUAAUUGUCGCCUCACAUAGGAAAAAGAAGCUUGCAUAUCCUCCUGCAGACUCAGUUAGGUACUAUCAUGAGAAGGGCUCCCGAUACACUGUGCCAACUGAUAGAUUAAGGUUCUUGAAUAAAGCAUGCAUUAUACAGAAUCCAGAAGAUGUUACACCAUCAGGGAUCGCUGUGAAUCCAUGGAAUCUUUGCACAGUACAGCAGGUUGAGGAGCUCAAAACACUCAUCAGAGUCAUCCCAAUAUGGUCAUCUGGUAUCAUGCUCUCCAUAAACACCACCCAAGGCACUUUUCCUGUACUUCAAGCUAGCACCAUGAAUAGACACCUUACUUCCGGCUUCGAAAUCCCAUCUGGCUCUUUUGGUUUGUUCAUGGUCAUAACACUAACGCUUUGGGUUCUCCUGUACGACCGCGUACUCCUCCCUUUCGCAUCAAAGAUCAGAGGAAAACCAGUCCGCAUCAGUCCAAAAUUACGGAUAGGAAUAGGCUUGUUUCUCUCAGCUAUAACCAUGUCUGUUUCGGCUAUAGUUGAGCAUGUUCGCCGAAGGAAAGCCAUUGAGCAAGGAUUACUCAACAAUCCACAAGGAUUAGUACACAUGUCAGCAAUGUGGCUUAUACUACAAAAUUGUUUAGCAGGAAUAGCGGAGGCAUUCUGUGCAAUUGGCCAGAUUGAAUUCUACUAUACAGAGUUCCCUAAGAGCAUGUCCAGCAUUGCAGCUUCGCUAUUCGGGUUAGGCAGCGGCGUGGCUAACUUGCUGGCAGCUCUAAUUCUGAACCUUGUGGAUAAAUACACCAAAGGAGAAGGGAAAGAGAGUUGGGUGUCAAGUAAUAUAAACAAAGGCCGUUAUGAAAGCUACUAUUGGCUUCUGGCCAUCAUGAGCUUUGUUAAUGUGGUUUACUAUAUCCUUUGUAGCUGGCUUUAUGGACCUUCUGCUGAUGAAAUAAUCCAAAAAGAUGAAAAUGAUGGUGAAGAAGAAAGGGGUUCCGAAGAACCAUUCUUGCCAGAAGAAUCGCCGGUCCGAGUAAAGCCAGCUGCGGCUUGAUUUAAACUACUAGCUUGGUAGACUGAUUGAUUUUGGUGGUGUUCUUAUCAGUAUGGUUUGCAUAGUUAACGUAUACAGAAUAUAUACCUAUGUAAUGUGUAUAUGCCUUCUUGUGUCAGAAAAAUUUGGCGGGUACUUCAACUUCAAGCUAUUAUUUUAUGAAUAUAUCUUGAUGAUUUUUAUUACAAUUGUUGCAAGUUGAGAGAGCAGAUUUAGAGCUUAACAUGCCAAGGAAAUAAUCACAAACAUAAAGGAACGAAUCUGCCUAGAUGCUGCCGUCCUUUUUUUUCCAGAAACAAAAUUUGUUCUAGCCGUCCUGUACUUUUGUACAUUUUAAUUUAAC